AUGGGGCGAGAGCCCUUCCUGUCAGCUGACCAUGACCUGGCCGUGCCUAGGGCCAUAGAGGAGAACCUCAUGACCAUGCAGUUUGACAUGGGCUACACCAUUGAGGAUGUUGAGAUGGUCGUGGAAGCGAUGGCGCAAACUGGCAAGGAGCCAACCUUCUGCAUGGGCAACGAUAAGCCACUCGCCGUGGUCUCUGACCGAGCCCACGUGCUCUACGACUACUUCACACAGCGCUUUGCCCAGGUGACGAACCCCGCCAUCGACCCGUACCGAGAGUCGCUUGUGAUGUCCACAGACGUCUUCCUCGGUCGACAAG